CUCGCACAACCACAGGAUAACCAAAAAAAAAAUCAGUUAAUCACCACCACGACGACGACGUAACCCGAACCCAAUGAAACACCUCCCAGCAGAACCAGACCGUCCGAUCAGAAUCGGACAGUUGUCCUCCUUCUCCCUCGCCACCGUCUGGUCGUCGUCUCCUCGCCCAAGCCACCGGCCACGUCACCAUCCAUCCCGCAUCUCCAUCUCGGCGUCUUCCCCAUGUCGAUCCGGUGUCAGCGCUAGGGUUAGGGUUUCCCCUUCGCCCCCCACCGCCAUGGCUCCCGACGACGCCGCCACCACCGCGGCCUCUUCCGAGCCCGGCGGCGCCGGCGGGAUGAGCAGCGAGGAGGUCGCCGCGAGGCCGCUCCUCUCGUCGCUCUCCCCCUCCCCGGCCGUACCGGUGCCGGAGAGCAUAGAGGAUCUGGACCGGAGGUACGCGCCGUACGCGCGGCGGGAUGCGUACGGGCCGAUGGGCCUUGGGCCCAUCGGGCCGGCCGAGGCGGCACGGCUGGCGAUCGCGGCGGUUGUCCUCGUCCCGCUCCGGGUCGUGGCCGGCGUGCUCGUGCUCGUCGCCUACUACCUCGUGUGCCGCGUGUGCACGCUGUGGGUGGAGGAGGAGCGGGAGAGCGGCGAGGGGGAUGGGUACGCGCGGCUCCAAGGGUGGAGGCGGGAGGCGGUGGUGCGGUGCGGCCGCGCGCUCGCUCGCGCCAUGUUGUUCGUCUUCGGGUUCUACUGGAUCCGGGAGUACGACUGCCGCUUCCACGAUGCCAAGGAUGAGCAUGUGGAUCAGUCUAAAGAAUUGGAAAGGCCAGGGGUGAUUGUAUCUAAUCAUGUAUCUUAUGUGGAUAUUCUUUAUCACAUGUCAGCUUCUUUUCCAAGUUUUGUUGCUAAGAGAUCAGUGGCCAGAUUACCCCUAGUUGGUCUCAUAAGCAAAUGUCUUGGAUGCAUUUUUGUCCUGCGGGAGUCUAAAACAUCAGAUUUCAAAGGUGUUUCAGGUGCUGUAACUGAAAAAAUCCAGCGUGCACAUCAACAAAAAACUGCUCCGAUGAUGCUACUCUUCCCUGAGGGCACUACUUCAAACGGGGAUUAUCUCCUUCCAUUCAAGACAGGUGCCUUUCUUGCAAAAGCACCAGUUCAGCCAGUCAUAUUAAGAUAUCCUUACAAAAGGUUUAAUCCAGCAUGGGAGUCCAUGUCAGGGGGGCGCCAUGUAUUUCUACUCCUCUGUCAGUUUGUAAAUUAUCUAGAGGUGAUCCAUCUGCCUGUUUACUAUCCGUCAGAGCAAGAAAAGGAUGAUCCUAAGCUCUAUGCAAAUAAUGUACGGAAAUUGAUGGCAGUGGAGGGAAACUUAAUUCUUUCAGACCUUGGGCUGGCGGAGAAGCGAGUAUACCAUGCGGCACUGAAUGAUAACCACACCUUUUUGCCGCAAGAAUCAGCUAGGCUUUUAAACCAGGAGUUAUAGCUUACGGAACAAGGGAGGCAAAUCGGUGAAUUCGCCAUUUUCUUUUACUCGGCAUCACAGUUAACGUCGAUAUAUGUUUCGAGUUGCCGUGUACCUGAUGUAUUUGUUGGCGAACACGUGAUUUGUCUAACAAAUACAAUAGCUUUUCUUUUUGUUCUUAAAUCUUAGGACCUAGGCUUAUUAAUUAGUUUACAUUCUGUCGAUGAAACAUUAAAAUAUAUUUGAUUAGUUCUUGUCUAAGCACUUU